AUUAUACUUUGUUACGUUUUUAUCAGUGAAUAAUUAUUUAAGCCAAGCAUAAGCAAAGCCACAGCAAGGCUAGUGAGUUAGAGGAUAAGGCCCCCAAUCAUUUGCGUAAUUUGCUGAUUUAUGCGAGCAAUUGAAUAUCAUUUAUUAAAUCACCGUUUUAUUGUAGCUACACACAAGUGGAAGCCUUUUGGUUUUGCGGAUACAGUGUUUUAUUGAUCGUCUGAUAGACACAAGACAGUAUACGCCGACUUCUGCAGAAGAUGUCAAAGAGAGUGGCUGUUGUAAGUAUGCUAUCUGCUGCCCUAAAUUCAUGGAUUCAAAUGUGGGCCUACUUUUUACCCCUGUAUUUAGAAGCACGUUUUUUUUUUUUCCCUUCGCCAUCAAGUUCUUGAAGGGCGGGGCAGGAGGCUGCUCAAUUACUAAAACAUAGAGCAACUAACAUAUUAUGUAAACAAAACUAAUAGUACACAUGUUCAAAAUACAAAGAGUAAGAGCAUUAAGUAAGUGCAGAGAUGUGGGCUGUUUGUUCAGAAUCAUUUUGGGGCUGUCCAUUAAUUACAUCUUUCUUUGAUACAAUUAGCUAAUGAUAUAUAUAAUUAAUAGGCUUCUUUAUUACUUGUUGGAAAAAAAAUUGGCAGUAAUUUUUGUUUUUAAUGAUUUAGUGGCUAUAAAAAUCGUAUAUUUUCAAAUUGUCAGAUUAGCAUCUGCUUCUAAAUAAAUUAUUUUUUUAAUAAAUACAUUUUCUUUUUAAAAUGCGGCCAAUUUCAAUCAAUGGAUUCCUAAAGAGUACUAAAGAGAGAGAGAUAUGUAAUGACAAUUAUUGAACAAAGAGAAAAUGAUGAUAUUUUAAUCAGUGAAUGGUUAAACUAGACAAGGAUUGGGGGGGGGGGGGUGUUCAGCCAGUUUAAUAAUGAUAUUAAUAAUACAUAUUAAUAUGGUAAUGAUAAAUUAAUCAGUUGCUAUGCUCUAUUGUUAAAGAGGAACAUUUGACUUACUAAGAUAAGGAUGGGAAAAAAUAGCAAUAAAUGUAUUAACAAUAAUAUCUACACCUUAUCAAGUCUUUAAUAAAUUCUGCAAUGUAAAAUUUACUUUAGUCAUAGCUUCUAGUUGUUACAAAAGUACAUAUUUGUCUAAAAAGUUUUAAAAAAUGUAUAAUAUAGGUCUACAUUUAUUGUUCCCCGCCUAUUUCUAUCUCNGGGGGGGGGGGGGGGGGGGGAGGGGGGUAACAGUUUGACAGUUUUUUGACAAGGGGAGGAAGGUGGUUAAGAAGUUGCCUAAAAUUUGUUGACAUACGGUAAUUAAUGGACUGCCCCUUAAUACAAAAUAAUGGUCUUAUGCCUAUCCUUUUUAUGAGAAACUUGUUCUCAGUGAACACAAAACACAAAAUAAACAAUGGUAGCCAAUAAUAAUGAUGAGUUUUCUUUUUAUAACCAUUUUACAGAAUUAACUAAUAACUUUUUUGUGAAUUUUGGCAAAUAAAUCUUGUACAUUUUACUUAAUGAGCACAUUUAAUCAAGUCUGUAUGUGUCUUGGCUUGUAAAAAUAAAUCACAAUCUUGUCACAUUUCAAUUAUUAAUUUCCUAUGCAAAUUAAAAAAAUUGUUCACAAAUUAGCUUGCACUAACUAAAGCACUACAUUGAUGGACAGAUAAAAAUUAAAAUUCACUUACUUUAAUAAUAGUACAUGCAUAAUUUUUUUUGUUAAUUCUGGGAUAGCUUUAUUAGCUACAUGUAAAGCCAAAUUGAGAUUUUCAUUUGAAAUUAUCAUUUAAAGUUAUUUCAAAUAUUAACUCCUUCACUCUUCAAAUCUUGUAUAUCUCUCUCUCUCUCUUUUUUUUUUAAAGUUUAAUCUUAUUAAGAGUUGCCUACUUUUAAUGUAUAUUUGAUGUUCAGUUCAACUAUUAAUAGGAGUCUAAGGUGCCAUUGGCGGCUUUGACCUAAUGUUAAAUUUGUAAAUUUCAUAAGAUAUAAUUAAUGACUGAUAAAGAUAAGAUUUUUAUUGAUCCAAAUCAAAGGAAAUGUGCUUUGAUUACAAUGUGGAGAUUCAUUUUCAGCUUAUGGAUAAAAUUUUUAAGACAGCAGUUUUUAAACUAAAACAAUUGUUUUUUUAUGGAGUGUUUGAAACAUAUUUGUCUCAUCCAAGUAUAAUUUAUUUUUUCUGUCGCUUAUCAAUGUUUAGGUUACAGGGUCUAACAGAGGGAUAGGCCUGGGCAUUGUUAGGAGUUUGUCUAAGUUGUUUGAUGGGGAUGUUAUUCUUACAGGUACAGCAAAAUUUAAAUAUUUUAUUCUAAGAGAUUUGGAAGUGGGAUAUAACAGAGAUGAUUUACUGCUCAAAGACAUGUAAAAAAUAUAUAAUUUGAAGGCUGGCAAGCAUCCCACAUUAUCUGUUUUGGUGUUUAUAAAAUUAAAAUUUUAAAUUUAUAAUCAUUAAUUACAACAAAAAAAAAACAACAACAAAAAACCAGUAAGGUAAGUUUACUAAGUCAGAUAUUAAGUAAGAAAAGUUUUUUAAAGUCAUUUUAUAGGAGACCUUCAAAGUAAUUUAUUAUGCUUCCAGUUCCAAAUAUGAAUUCAUAUAUAUUCCUAAUGCCAUGAAAAAACUAUAAUUUUUCUAAAUUUUCUUUAAUUUUGAAAACUUUUAAAAUUCCGAAAUGAACAGCUAGAGAUGAGAAGCAGGGACAAGCGGUCAUUAAAACUUUGGAGGAGGAAGGAAUCAGCCCUAAAUUUCACCAAUUAGAUAUUAGUGACCACAGCAGCAUAGUUAGGCUACGAGACUUCUUGCAGAAAAAUUAUGAAGGCCUGGAUAUUUUAGUGAACAAUGCUGGCAUUAUGCUAAAGGUUAGUGUUGUAUGUGCCUUAAAAUGUUAAAGACUUUAUUGGCAUUGUAAUUUAUUAAUUUUGUUUAAUUGCUACUGUGACUUACUUUUCUGAUAGAAUUUAUUUAUUUUUUGUUAAUAAUGUAAUGGUCUUUGGGUGCUGGGUGGCCGAGUGGUCUAAUCUGAGUCAAUCAAAAGCUUGUGGUCUGGUGUUCGGUCGUCACCAAAGCCUAGAAAAACAAAAACAACCCUGGGUGGAUGGGACCCGUUAGCCUGAAUGGCAACUCAUCUCAGAGAAGAAAAACUCUGAAUUCAAACCCAGAAAUGGAGUCGUGAAGGCAGAUAACAUUGAUGCAACAAAAUUCCUGGCAACUCCUGUGACACUUCAGGGGCAAAGCUGUAUCAUCCACAUAUGAUGUUUCCUUGGGUUAUCUAGGUGCAUGGAGAGAGGUGAUUUACUGUAUAGGUAACCAGCUUAUCCUCCUAAAGAAAAACCCCAGGCCUUGUGAUUUCAUCCUUCGAAGUCUACACCAUCAUCACAUUGUUUACGGAUGGAUUUCAGAAUAAUGUUAUUGUCUAUUUUGUUACUAUUGAUUUACACAUUUUAAUAACACCUUAUUUAUUCAGUUUUUCCCCCAAUUCAGUAUUGAGUUUACUCUAUGCUCAUUUUCUCUACUCAGUUUGAUACCAAUCUUUCCUUUGAAGAAAAGGCAGAAAGAACAUUACAAGUAAACUACUUUGCCAAUCUGGACUGUUGUGAGGUGCUGUUUCCAAUUUUGAGACCCCAUGCCAGGUAAGAUGAUCAAGCAUCUGAAGCAUUCAUUUAUAGACUCAAGGUUUAAUUGGACAACAAUUCUGGACAUAAUUGUGUAAAUAAUGCCAGAAGUGUAUAAACACAACCAGUGACAGUUAAAAAAAGAAACACUGGAAAGGGUAACUGUAUUACUUUAUAUCAAUAGGUAAAUAGUAAAGUCUCUUAACUAAAAAAUUUAAAUUAUCUACAUGUGCAUUGAAAAAAAAAAGAUAAGUGAUUGCAUGUACCAUGUUUGUAUCCAAAAUUCAUGCUAGUGCAGCACCAUUUUAAAUGAAGUGGACAAAACCACUUAACUGUAAACUAUCAUAUACUAUAGAUAACUUGAUUUUCAUAUUCCUCAUGAUUUUAAACCAUUUAUUUAGAGUGUGCAAUAUAUCCAGCAUGGCUGCUAAUUGGGCCAUCAAGAAAUGCUCUCCAAAGCUUGUUGCUAAGUUAACUAACCCAGAUAUAACCAUUGAGGAGUUAUCUGGAUUGAUGAACCAGUAUAUUGUGUGAGUUUCAUUUAACCUAAAGUAGUUUCUUUACUAAACACUGAUGCAUUUGUAAAGAUGUGAUCUUAAAAACUGACUAGAAAGCAUCUCAUUAGGAAUGAACUGUUCUUAAGAAAAAGAUAAUUAUGAUCACAUAGUGGCUAAAAUAAUUAAAACCAUGCAUUAUUUUUAGCAUGUUUAUUUUUUAAUAAUAAAAUCGUAAUAAUUUGCACAAUUUACUGUACAUUAAUGAGGAGGAAAUUGUUGUCUUUUCCCCCCCUAAGAGUUAAAACUGUUCCCAUAUUUAAUCAUUUCAGCAACAUAAUUAGAAGAUACCUAUAACAAAUUUUGUGUGUGUGUGUUCACUGUGUUUAAAUUGUAAAGCUACAUACAUUUUGUUUUCCAGAUCAGUUAAAGAUGGUAAAUAUGAAGAGGCUGGCUUUCCAGACGAUAUGUAUGCCUUUUCCAAAAUAGGACUCACUGUAAUGUCCUAUAUCCACCAGAGAGAACUAGACAGGAGAGGUGCCGAUGAUAUUAUUGUAAAUGCAGUAAGCAAAUGAUGCUUGUUUCAAGUUCAAAAUACUAGCCCUUUAGUUAAGAAAUAAGAGACACUUAUUUAGGGUUAUCUGGGCAAAUGAAAAAUUUGUAUUAGACACAGAAUUUUUUUUAUUUGACACCAGGGCUUGCAAUAGUAACUAUAGAUACGGAAUAUAUUGAUAUGCUUAAGAGGUUCCAAUUUAGUCCCACUUUUAAAUAAUUUUUGCUAUGGUAAUAAAAUAUUACAAUAAAUUGUUUAAGAGUUUUGCAAUGUAUAACAAAUGGUAUCAUUUUGCAAAAAAAGUAUUAAAAAAAAUUCCAAAAAUUAAAAAUAAUAAAACUUGAGUCUUACAUCAUAAUAAUUUCAUUAGGCUUUUAUGGUAGUCUAGGAAAACUAAUAGAAACUGGGUAAAUAGUGAUAUAUGAGUUUUUAUCAUACUGAAAAAGAGACAAUAUGACUUAGACAUCUCAAUACAGAAUAAUAAAGAUGUGAUUUUAAUGCUAUCUAUUUGCAGUGUACACCAGGCUAUGUGAGCACCGACAUGACGCAACAUAAGGGGACACUUACAAUAGAGGAAGGUAAGUCUUGUUCAUGUGAUAAAAAAACCAGCAUUUCAAAAACUUUUAAGUUUGGCGGACCGGUGGGCAGUUUUGAAAUUGCAUCAGGGAUAUGUGACAGAUUUAUUAAUUAAAAUUUUUUAAAAUUUGACAAUAAAUAUUCAUGUUGUAUGGACCCGCAAAGUUGUUGUAAGGCUUGUGAACUGGCACUGGUCCACCAUUUGAGAAACACUGAUAUAAAAUAUUAAACAGCUGUUACAGAGCAUGGUUCUCUUAAAGAUGACACAUUUGUUUUGUGAUAAAGUUUAACGAUGUGAUGUGUACAGUUUUUUUUUUUUAAGUGUGCUGAUUUAAACCUAUAGAAGUGGCAAACAUUCAAGAUAAAUAUAAACCUAAAAGAAUAAAGCACAACUUGGUAUUAUGUGGUGCAGUGAGAGAAAUGCAUGAAACAAACUUUUAGAUAUUCAAAAAGUAAAGCAGAAUUUAAAAAAAUUAAAUUAGGUUCAUGUAAGAAUUGUAGCACACCUUAAUAAUUGACCUUGAUUUCUAUCUUAGGCAUUGUCACACCACUUUACUGUGCACUGCUACCACCAAACAUCCAGAGUCCACGAGGUCAAAUGAUCCGUGACAAGGAACCUGUUGACUGGGUCAACUUUGUCAUGGUGCCCAUUGUCUAGUUUGGAACAGUGACAAAAUUGAUCUCAUGUACACAGAUUGAAUGAACUAUUCAGUUCAAAUGUCAAAUUUAAUUUGUAUUCACUAUUGGAUAAAGAUGUUAAUUCAACUUUUUUUCUAUUGAAACCUUAUUUUAACCUUGACGAUUGUAUAAUUACACCUUGUGUACAUUUUCUAUUUUAGAGGUUUACAAAAAAAAUCGCAAUAAACAAACACAUAAAA